AUGGCACCCAUUGCCGAGCAUCACCACCGCAGCACAAACAAAGUAUCUCACAAGCCAUUCAAGUCACGCCACGCAUCGAAGAGCACGCUGAAGGAGAUAUCAAAGGGCAAGAUCGAAACCCGCGAAAGAGGCUCCCGUAAGACGCCCCACCAACAAGUCAUGUCCAAGUUCGACCGGCGGAACCAGGCGAAGCAGAAGCGGCUGCUGAAUCACGAGCAGCAUGAGAAAGCGACAGGCCUAUUUGGGGGCAAAGAUGGUGCGCCGAGGAUCGUGGCUGUGGUGCCCUUAUGUGAGGACGUCUCGGCUUCGGCGGCUAUAGAGAGUCUGAACACGAGUGUGGAUGUGGAAGACGAGGUUCCAGAACAGGGAUGGCUUCGCGUGGGUCUCGGGAGGUUCAAGCAGAACAUUGGAUAUGUGCCGGUCAGGAGGGAUCUUAUGGCUGCGCUGGACGCGUGUAGGGCAGCUGAUUACGUCCUCUUUGUUCUCUCAGCCGAACAGGAAGUGGAUGAGCUCGGCGAGCUGAUCCUUAGGAGUGUGGAGAGUCAAGGUAUCUCGACUGUCUUCACAGUAGUGCAAGGGCUGGACAAGAUAGAGCCACCGAAACGCAGGCCGCAGGUGGCGACUUCGCUCAAGAGCUUCAUCACACACUUCUUCCCGACUCAAGAAAAGGUGUUCAGCCUAGAUUCGAGACAAGAAUGCGCGAAUCUUAUUAGAUCACUAUGUACGACGACGCCGAAAGGGAUAAGGUGGCGAGAAGAUAGAAGCUGGAUGAUGGUAGAAGAAGUUCGGUGGCCAUCCGGAAAGAACGCAAUGGCAGAGGAGGAUGCGGUUGGGGAGGCGGUGCUCACGGGAGUGGUCAGAGGGAAGGGACUCAAUGCGAACAGGCUGGUACAAUUUGGGGACUAUGGAGCUUUCCAGAUUUACAAGAUUACGGCGGCACCGCUGGAGUCACAUAAGAAGAGAAGAGGGGAUACCAUGGCGGUAGACGCCGAGGGCCAGGGCCAGAUCCUUGAGCAGCCGACGGAAGAUCAAGACGACUUGAACGAGCUUGCUCCUGAAGAGGUGGCUAUGGAAGACGUGGACGAGUACCCAGUUUCAGUUGCCCCCUCGGAGCGAAAAGGCGUUCUCCUAGACGAUCAUCAUUACUUCUCUGAGGAAGAAGAUCACGAGCCGAAAAGGACGAAGCGACUGCCCAAGGGAACGUCAAAAUAUCAGUCAGCUUGGUACCUGGAGGAUGUAUCGGACUCCGACUCCGACGUUGAGGGUGUAGAAGAGGACGCUGACGUCGAUAUGGGUGGGCCAAUCCAGCCAGCAGACGGUACCGGAGCUCUGGACGAAGACGAUUUGAUGCGAGAACCAACGGAAGCCGGCCCAUCGGAGUAUCCUCAAUCAGAGAUGUUUCCGGAUGCAUCUCCUGAUGAGGAAGCGGAACAGCUCGCCGCGUUUCGGUCUCAACGUAGGAACGAUGCCAAAGAAGACCUGGAGUUUCCGGAUGAGGUCGAGCUUCAUCCAAACGUUCUGGCGAGAGAACGAUAUGCUCGCUACAGGGGACUCAAGAGCUUACGCACAAGUGCCUGGGAAAUCGAGGAAGAUGCACCCUACGAGCCAGCAGAAUUUCGGCGCCUACUAUCCGUAGCGAACUACGGGCGAGCGAAGCGGAAGGCCGUUGACGAAGCCCUGGUCGGCGGUGUCCCAGCCGGUACGCGCGUGAACGUUCACCUUCGUGGCGUACCGCUUUCCAUGCAGCAAACCUACGACCCAGCGCAACCCCUUGCGCUCUUCUCUUUACUCCGUCACGAGCACAAGCGCACAGCCGUCAACUUCUCAAUAACUCUCAACUCAGAUGUUGAAAAGCCCAUCAAGUCUAAGGAGGAGCUGAUCAUGGUCUGCGGCCCACGUCGGUUUGUUAUCAACCCAGUCUUCUCGCAAGCAGGCAACACACCCAACGACGUUCACAAGUUCGACCGAUAUCUCCACCCCGGCCGAAGCGCCGUAGCGUCCUUCACGGCGCCGCUGACCUGGGGUUCUGUGCCCGCGCUGUUUUUCAAGCGGUCCACGCCUUCCACGGAAGACUCCGAGGCCGUGGCUCCAGAAGACAGCAUGAACGUAGAAGACACAGCACCAGCAGCCUCCAAACCCUCACUCGCGCUCAUCGCCACCGGCACGUCCCUCCCACCAUCCCAAUCCCGCGUCAUAGCCAAGCGCAUAAUCCUGACAGGCCAUCCGUACAAGAUCCAUAAGAAGCUCGUCACCGUGCGGUACAUGUUCUUCAACGCGGAGGACGUGCAGUGGUUUAAAGCGUUGCAGCUGUGGACCAAGCGUGGGAGAAGCGGAUUCAUUAAGGAAAGCUUGGGCACGCAUGGGUAUUUCAAGGCUACGUUUGAUGGGAGGAUCAACCCGAUGGACUCGAUUGGUAUGUCGUUGUACAAGAGGGUCUUCCCGAGGAGUGCGAGGGCUUUGAGGCCGGGAGAGGUGUAA